AUGUUACCCGAAUCAAUAAUAACAAGAGAAGGACCAUUGAGUAAUAUCUGGUUAGCUGCAAAUUAUGACAAAAAAUUAUCAAAACAUCAAUUAUUAAAUACAAAUAUUGUUAAAUCAACCGAAUAUAUAAAUAAUCAAUAUAAUCAUAAUUCAACAAAUUCAGAUAAUGAAAUAGAUGCAAUUACUUUAAGAUUAUCAGGACAAUUAUUAUUAGGAAUUACUAAGAUUUAUUCACGAAAAACAAAGUAUUUGUUAGAUGAUAUAAAUGAUGUUUUAUAUAAACUAAGAACGGUUUUCAAAUUAUCAAGUGGAGUUCAAUUAGGAUCUGAUGGAUCUACAAGUACAAGAAUAAACUUACCACCUCAACAAACAACAAUCCAAGAUAUAAAUACAAUUAUAUUAAAAGAUCAAGUAACGAGUUUUGAUUUAUUAUGGCAAGAUGAUUUAAAUUUAGAAGAUCCAAUACAACAACCGAUAAAUACAUUAGCCACUGUUUUCAAUACAACUGAUCAACAAGUAGAUAUUUCUGCGGGAUCAAUAGAGUACGGUAGAUAUGAUGAAGAAUUCACAACAUCGUCACCACAACCAAAUAUGGAAUUAGAUUUUGAGUUAAAUGAUAUAAAUAAUGAAGAAGAUUAUGAUGCAUCAAUUGAAAUGGGUAGAAAUUUAUCUUUUAAUAAUGAUGAUAAUGAUGAUAACAACUCGAUACUAGGAGAUCUUAGUAAAAAUAAUCUAUUUCCAGAUAAUCAAGAUUUGGGUGAAGAGUUUGGAGGAGAUUUUGAAUUAAAUUUUGACAAUACUGAAGAAAUCCCAGAAGAAAAUAUCAAUGAUGCUCAAAAUAUAGAAGAACCUGAACAACCAGUACCACAACCUCAAAGACAAUCUAGACCAAGACAAAGAAGAACAAGAAUAACCGAAGAUGGACAAAUGAUAAUAGUAAAUAAAAGACUAAUUAUAGAUUCAGAAGAUAAUAUGACAAUUUCAAUAGAUACAUUAAGACAAAAUCAAGAAAAUAUGUUAAAUGGAAAUACUGUAAAUAACACCACAACCAGAUCAAAUAGAGUAAAUCAUCCACCAUUAACAAUAGCUGAAAAAUUAAAAAUUAUUGAAGAUUUAGCAAAUCAAGUAAUUAAAAAAAGAAAACUAAAUGAUGAAUCAGCAGAAUUAAGACUCCGAAAACAAAGAGAAGAAGAAGAAGAAGAAGAAGAUGAUAGUGAAUCAACUUCAGAUUCAAUGGAUUUAGAUUUAUCAAUGUCAGAUAGUGAAAGUGAAAAAGAUACAGCAUUAAAACCAAGAAAACCAGUAGAAGAAGAAUCAGAUGAUGAAGAAGAAGAAGAUAGUUUUGGAGACGAAAGGAUUGAUAAUGUUGCUAAAAGCACCAGACAAAUUACAGAAGAAUUACAAAAUAUGUUUAGACUAGAUCAUACUUUAACAUUUAAUGAAUUAAUUGAAGAAGACUCAAAAUCAAUAAAACCAUUAGGUAUGAAAAACAAAAAUAUUAUGAAUACAAAAAGAGAAGCUUCAAGAUGUUUUUUUGAAGUAUUGGUAUUAGCAACAAAUGAUUGUAUUAAAAUAAAUCAAAGUGACAAGACAAUUAAUAUUACAUCAAGAGAUAAUCUAUAUAAUUUUAUUUAG